AUGCUUUUCAAGACCACCACCAUCCUUUCCGCUGCUGCUGCUCUCUUCGCCAGCCAGGCCAUGGCCGCCGCUGUCCCGGAGGGUCAGGAUCUGUCUCCUAGAGAUGCUCUGAUUGCCACAAACCCCGUUGCGGCAUGCAAUUGCCCCAACAACUGCUCUCACAAGGCUGGCUCUGGUUGCAAAUACAAGGCUGGCACCUCCACUGACGGAUCGACCGUAUCUGGGAAAUGCGCUGACCAGGGUGGCCAGCUGGUCUGUGUGCCCAAAUAA